AUGGGCGCGCAUUCCGAGGAAUCUGUUUACAAGGGCCAUACGGGACCGAACCCGCCGCACAAGUACUCUUCUCAUGAGUCGAAGAAGAAAAUCGCGAAGAGGAGAAGCUCCAAGUACACCAGCCAGCUCCCAUCCGAUGAACCGAGCGCGUAUCUAGCUUCUUUCAACAACGCCGACAUUACCACUAGCGAAGAACAAGGCAAAGCGAGAGUCGAGGCGAAGACGGAGAGAUUACUGCAUCAGUUUUAUGGCAACUAG